CGCGAUUACGUCAUUAGUCUGCGCCACGUCAAGCUUCUGUUUUCAAUGACAGUUUGCACUCUAUGUUUGCACUCUGAAAACGUCUUUUAGCUUAAUUUCUAUAACACAAGUAGGCUAAGUAGUUCAAUCAUAAGGGGACUACCAUGCACAGAGCCGCGCACUCAGCUUUGUGUAACUGGUCUAAUAGUCUCGCACCAGCGACGAUUCGCCAGAGUUUGAAAUGCAGAAUGCCCCCGCAGCUGAACUCACGUGCCUACAGUGUGGUCCCGACCCCAUGCGACAGUGAGGAGAAGGAGAUGUUGGACCGGAUGCUGCGUGUGGACCACGCGGGCGAGUACGGGGCCAACCGCAUCUACGCCGGCCAGAUGGCAGUGUUGGGGCGAACUAGUACUGGACCCCUCAUCCAGGAAAUGUGGGAUCAAGAAAAGCACCACCUUUCAAAAUUUAAUGAAAUUCUGGCUGAGAACAGAGUUCGACCCACAGCGCUGUUACCCCUCUGGAACAUCGCUGGCUUUCUAUUAGGUGCGUCCAGUGCACUACUGGGAAAAGAGGGGGCCAUGGCCUGCACUGUGGCGGUGGAGGAGAGUAUUUCAGAGCACUACAAUAGCCAGAUAAGAGCUCUGAUGGAGAGGGACCCCGAGAGAUAUACCGAACUGUUACAAAUUAUAAAGGAAUUCCGAGAUGAUGAGCUGGAACAUCAUGACACAGGAUUGGAGCACGAUGCUGAAAAAAUACCUGGAUACUGGCUAAUAAAAAAUGCAAUACAGCUUGGCUGCAAAGCUGCAAUAUAUGUUUCUCAACGUGUCUAAUAUUGUAUGUGGAAUAAGUGAAAAAUGUCACCAAAGUUUGUUUGGUGUGUUGUCUCAGCUUGUAUAAAUGGAUUGAAUUUG